AGACGACGAGAUUUCGGAGCACACGGCGCAAGCCGCAUGUGAAAACAAAAAGUCCGAGAUGACCGCAAGAGUCUGAUGUAAAGAGAUUGUUGUUUAUUGAAAUCAUCCCGUUAGAAUGUUGUAAAUACUAACAGUUUUUGUUGUCAGCUGCGACAUUCAUUCAUUAAUUGGGCGAACGCCAGUGCAGUGUACGAAUCUUUGAAAAAUGCGGGGGGUCAGUUUUUUAAGGUUACGUCGGUGUCCCGGCAAAUUACUUCAAAUUAAAGAACUUUGUAGAUUUUAUUCUGCAGAACCGAAAAAUAAGCUUAGGAAUGUAUUAAAACUAAGUGACAGAGGCAUGUAUCAAGAGAUAUUCCCUGACACGUGCGUAAAUCAUGUGUCAACCCUUGUGAACCAAAAUCCCCAAUGCGUCUACGCAGGAUUUGAUCCCACAGCAGACAGCUUGCACAUUGGAAAUUUACUGGUGUUGAUGAAUCUCUUACAUUGGCAAAGAGGAGGUCACCAAGUCAUUGCUGUUGUGGGUGGUGCUACUGGGUUGAUAGGGGAUCCUAGUCAUCGAACAAAUGAGCGAGUAGCUUUAGAUCAAGAUGUACUAAAUUCAAACAUUACUUCUAUUAAGAAAAAUAUUGUGACACUAUUUGAGAACCAUGAAAAGUAUUUCUGGAAAGAUAAGCAGUACCCACUUCCUCCUAUUAAAAUAAUUAACAAUCUCAGUUGGUAUAAAGAUGUAAAUAUUCUUGACUUUAUAAGAGACAUUGGAAAGCAUUUUAGGAUGGGAACCAUGUUAGGUAGAACUUCCGUACAAUCUCGUCUGAAAUCAGAAACUGGAAUGAGUUUUACUGAGUUCACCUACCAAAUUUUCCAAGCCUACGAUUGGCUGCAAUUGUUGAAUAAGUACAACUGCCGGUUUCAAAUUGGUGGCAGUGAUCAAAUGGGAAACAUCAUGGCUGGCCAUGAAUUGAUUUCUCGAACAGCAAGAUUAAAUGUUUUUGGCUUCACAUUGCCUUUGAUAACUGCAGAAGGUGGUAAAAAGUUUGGUAAAUCCCUUGGUAAUGCUAUAUGGCUAUCUCCAAAAAGGUCAUCCAGUUUUCAAAUGUACCAAUACUUUAUAAGAACAACUGAUGCUGAUGUCGAAAAUUAUUUGAAACUCUUUACUUUUCUACCUCUUAAUCAAAUCAAUCAGAUCAUGGUUGAACAUAGACAAAGUCCAGAAAACCGUAAAGCACAACAGAUAUUAGCCGAAAAUGUUACACUAUUAGUGCAUGGAGAUGAAGCAUUACAGGCAGCAAAAAAUGCCACUUUAUUGUUAUAUGAUAAGUCGAUAGAAUCAUUGUCAAUUAUGUCUCAAGAACAGAUUGCAGCAGCCUUUGAAGGUGCAAAUAUCGUAGAUAUAGUACCUGAUGAUAGCAAUAUGACUGCUUUUGAUCUUGCUAUGAAAGCUAAAUGUUUUAAAAGCGAGAGUGAUGCUGUUAGAUUGAUAAAAGCUGGAGCAUUUUACAUUAAUUACAAAAGAGUUACAGAUCUUGAUGAAAAGAUAAAAUUUGGUAAACAUAUAUUGCCAAAUUAUAUAACACUUAUAAGAACUGGAAAGAGAACUUAUCAUUUAGUGCGAUGGCUGGAAUUACAAAGAGUUGAAAAUGAAAGUAGCUGUUAAAAUGUUAAAAAUUGUAUUAAUUUUGUGUAUUAUACAUGUAAAUAUAAAAGUUUACAAAUAUUAUCCACUUAUGCAAUUAUAAGUUUUGCUUAAGAUGUUUGUAAAGUUAGCAGUA